CUCGCGCGGCUUCAUUUCGUUCAAAGAUACGGUCGAGGUAAUAUCAUUCUCUGUAUAUCAAAAUAUCGCUUUCUUUAAAGCAUUAAAAUUACUGUGUCAGCCUGUUUAGUAUCGAAUUCGAAGUCACAAAGUGAAAAGUACAAAGUGAAAGUGAAGAAAUUAAAUAACGAACAUGGCGCGACAAGCUCCAAAAUACGAAUUUCUACCCGAGGAGAAGACAAAAGAGAUGCUAAAAUUAUUUAAGGGAGAGAGAACUGGUUGGGUGCAAGUAGGCUCGCAAAAAUGGUUUUUCCCUUACCGGUACACGGAACAAGGUGCCGGAUUCUAUAAUUUUGAAGCCAGGCCAGAUGACACUUGGAUAGUAACUUAUCCGAGAUCUGGCACUACAUGGACGCAAGAGCUGGUCUGGCUAUUGUCAAACAAUUUGGAUUUUGAGACGGCGGGGAAGCAGUAUCUUACUGAGAGAUUUCCUUUCUUCGAAUUCAGUAUGUUCCAACAUCCUGAAGUGACAAAAAAUUUGGUAGAGAUGAACAAAGAUAACGCGGCGAAAGAAUUAUGUUUGAAAGUAGCCAAACCCGGUUACGAGGUCAUCGCGUCAAUGCCGUCGCCCAGAUUCAUCAAGACACACUUUCCAUUCAGCUUGCUCCCAGGGAUCCUGGAUGUCGGUUGUAAGAUUAUCUACGUAGCUCGCAAUCCGAAGGACGUUGCAGUCUCGUGGUAUCAUCUAAACUUGUCAGCCACGACUCAAGGAUAUGUCGGCGACUUCGCUACCUUCUGGGAUUACUUCGAGAAUGACCUUACGGCCUGGAGCCCUUAUUGGACACAUUUGAAGGAAGCCUGGGCUCUGAAGGAUCAUCCGAAUCUUCUAUUUUUGUUUUACGAAGAGAUGAAACAUGAUUUCCUGAAAACAAUCAAGAAAGUUGCAAAAUUUUUGAACAAAACAUAUACCGAUGAACAGUUAAGCAAGCUGGUAGAUUACUUGGAUAUUAAAAACUUCCGCGACAAUAAGAUGGUCAAUAAUGCCGAUUUGAAGAAUAUAGGCGUUAUGAAGCAUGGAGAUUUUAUCAGGAAAGGUCGCAAUGGUGAAUGGAAGGAAGUCUUUACUCCUGAGAUUGCUGCUAGAGCAGACAAAUGGAUUGAAGCGAAUCUGAAGGAUACUGAUUUGCGUUUUCCGGUUUUCAACUAUGAUAAUUAAAUUAAAAUAGUUAAAUUAAAUUAAAUUAAAAUUAAAAUAAAUUAGAAUUAAAAUUAAAAUAAAAAAAUAAAAUCAGACAACUGAGUGAAAAGCAAUAUCGGUAAAAUCUCUAUGAAAGAUACCGGCAUUCAGCAAAGAUCAACCAUUGGAUCCAUCUUUGAUACGUCAAAUGAAAGAAAGGCG